AUGUUUUCUGGCAUCGAGUCCACGACCGGACGGAUCAUACACAGCGAUAUCUAUGGAAGAUGGGUCAAUGUUGUUCUAUGCAGCCAAAUUUCUUGUCACCAUGGCACUAGUGUUCAUCACCAAUAUGGAACAAUAAUGGAUUGUGAGUGUGAGGGCGACAGAGACUUGGCGUUCUUAAAGGGACUCGGCUUUUGUAAGUGCAAUCUGCUGCCACUCUUGAAUAAUCUGCUCUGCUUCAAUGUUAUCUGGAUCAGCGGGGCAUUCACGACUUUUAAUUGCAUGGCCAAAGACGCUGCACGUUUUGCAAAGAGGAAUGCUUUUUUCGAUGUUAAACAAGACAGUCGUCGGAUUGAUGGCACUAGCCCAUGCAGCGAAUGUAAGAUCCACGAUUAUAUUCUUGUCAAAUUCGUGAGCAGUGAAAGUAUGCAAAGAUUUGUCCUUUUGAUGUGGUGCUGUGGCCUGGUUCUGUCGGUUAUAUUAAUUUCCGUAAAAAUAUUCUUCACUCUGUGGAUAACUGUCCUGAGUGACGCAAAGACAAACGUACCUGCCAUAUCUGUGGGGACCCUAAAACAGCCAGAGGCAGAAAAUAUUUCUGCAGGCAAUCAAACCACUGUAGAAGCGUGUAUGGCCAAUUUGGCAAACAGCGAAUGUGAAGCCGAAGCUGCACAGGUCUCCAGGACUUUAAGCGAAGACAGUGGUAUCCCCCGAAUCUGA